GGGCCAUGGCCCGCAAGAAGCUGCACCGGCCCAUCGCCGCCAUGGCCAGGAAGAUCCGCGAGUACCGGGCGCUGAAGGAUCGGCCGCGGGACUCUCAGCGCUUCGCCGUGGACUACGAGACCAUGCGGCGGCCACUGACGCAGAAACGGCUGGGGGGGGGGGGGGGGGGGGGGGGGGGGCCGCCGCCCUGCUGCGCCUGGCGCAGCUCCCGCCCGCCGCGACCCACCCUCAACAGGUUCCUCUUUUCUUUGCAGAACAUGGACCAUGGAAGAGCCUGGGGCUACCUGACUUUCAGAGGCAAAACUGAAGAGAAAGUGAGGGAGAUUGACAAAACCAUGUACCAUGACUGGCGUAUGGUGCCCAAACACGAGGAGAAGGCCUUCAAGACAUUCACCCCAGUGCCUGAGGAGACUGUUCAGUUCCUGCCAUACCCACCACUGCUCCGAGCCAUGAUCCUUGCACAGCGGCAGAAGGAGGGAAAACCAAUCAUGGAAGAGCCAAUUAUUGAUCUAGAGAAGGUCUUGGCCUCUCCCCAAGAGCGGGCAAAGAAAAAAGCUACAGGGACACCGGUAUAAAGACGUGUUCUGUAUCCGAGUAUCCCACGUGCUCUCACAGCCUGUUAGAAGCUCAGUGUACAGGGCGUCUUACAGAGCCCCUCUGUGCCCAUUGUGGGAGGAUGUUUCCAGCUUUCUCCUCAGCUCUGCAAGUCACCUAGUCCAAAGGGAAGAUGCAUGUACAUUCAGACUCUUCUUCCAUAACUUUGGUUUCAAUCAGCAGAGCAGUCUUCUUGGUUCCCUGGACAGUCUCUAAAUACACAACUCCAGUCAGCCAGUUGCAGUUCUUUGGAGCAUAACAUUUUUUUACCUAACUUAGGUUCUGCAUGAAUCACAGAAAAAUGACUGCAAACAUCACAGUAUUUCACAGAGCUGUGAAAAAAUGUAUCUGCAAAUGGAAAUAAAUAUUUUCUUAAUUCUGCAACACA